AUGAAUGAGAAUAUUUAGUUACAUAUUUUAUUUUUAAAAAUUUAAUUUACAAUUCAUUUUCACAACGGUCAGUGAAGCCAAAAUCGGUCUGAUAAUAUCCUAAAUCACUCACCGGCUAGCUUGCUAGCGAAGUAAUGUGAAACGUUAGCUAGUCUAGCUAGCUAGCGAAAUAACUGAAAUUCCUUAAGACUCGAGCUUGUCUAACCGCUAACAUGUUAGGUAGCUAAAAUACCUCUAGCUAAGGAUGUGUUAGUGUGUGCGUAUCUGGUCGUAUUGAAUGCAGAAAUUGUGUAUACAGUUAACUAAGGCGACCGCUAUUCAUCUCUGUGGGCUGUUUUUAGAUUGCCUUAUUGUCUCGGCUAGAUUUCUAGUUGGUUUAGCUAGCUGUGUUUUAAGCUAACGUAUCUAGCUAAUUGAUCACCAGUGUUUUCCUACGUCUUAAAAUAUUAAUUUACUCGUUAGCUAACAAGCUUGUUAAAAUCGGUUGCGUUUUUGGAAGAUGGUGUAAAGCUUGCUAGUUUAGUAUUCACAACAGGGGAAACAGUCAUCCAGUUGGCCAAGUUUGUUUGAAAUUAAGUUUAGGUUAGCUAACGUUAGCUUGUAAUUUAAGUUUAAACGGCACACAUCAUAUAUAUAGUUUCAGUUGUCGCUAGCUGUAAUCCAUUAGACUAGUAUUGUUGGUAUAGUACGUUACUUGUUUAUUAUGACUCCUAUUUUGUCGAGUUUGCUCAACAAAAUAACGAUACAUUUUCUGACUUGCUCGCUAUGAAUGCAUCGUCAAGUCUGUUAAAUGAUUAACUAAUAUUCAGGGAGCAAACAAGGUUACGCUAACGGACUAGGUAACUUGGCUGACUAGUUUCGGAUAGCCUAAAAUGAUCUGGUUAGCGUUAACAUCUAGCUAGCUAGUACUAGCUAAUGACCUAACUUGGGCAACAUCAAGGAGACUGAUGGAUGUAACUAGUGAUCACAAAUGAACUUUAUGACUUCAGUGCUCUUAGGUGGCAAUGGCGACCUUCCAGGAGUUCAUCCAGCAGAACGAGGACCGCGACGGCGUGCGCUUCAGCUGGAACGUGUGGCCCUCCAGCCGCCUGGAGGCCACCCGCAUGGUGGUCCCGGUGGCGGCUCUCUUCACGCCUCUGAAGGAGAGGCCGGACCUGCCCCCCAUACAGUACGAGCCGGUCCUCUGCAGCCGGGCCACCUGUCGCGCUGUGCUCAACCCGCUGUGCCAAGUGGACUACAGAGCCAAGCUGUGGGCUUGUAAUUUCUGUUAUCAAAGAAACCAGUUCCCACCCACUUAUGCCGGAAUAUCGGAGAUGAACCAGCCUGCUGAGCUGCUUCCGCAGUUUUCUACAAUUGAAUAUGUAGUCCAGAGGGGUCCCCAGAUGCCCCUGAUCUUCCUGUACGUGGUGGACACCUGCAUGGAGGACGAGGACCUGCAGGCGCUGAAGGAGUCGCUGCAGAUGUCCCUGAGCCUGCUGCCCCCCACCGCGCUGGUGGGCCUCAUCACCUUCGGCCGCAUGAUCCAGGUCCACGAGCUGGGCUGCGAGGGCAUCUCCAAGAGCUACGUCUUCCGCGGCACCAAGGACCUCAACGCCAAGCAGCUGCAGGAGAUGCUGGGGUUGACCAAACCUGCUGCAGCCCAGGGGGGACGAGGGCCACAGGUGCCACAGGCCCCACCUUCCAACAGGUUCCUGCAGCCAGUCCAGAAGAUCGACAUGAACCUGACAGAUCUCCUGGGGGAGCUGCAGCGGGACCCCUGGCCCGUCACCCAGGGCAAGAGACCCCUUCGCUCCCUGGGGGUGGCACUGUCCAUCGCUGUGGGCUUGCUGGAGUGUACCUUCCCCAACACGGGGGCACGCAUAAUGACCUUCAUCGGAGGGCCGGCCACCCAGGGCCCUGGCAUGGUGGUGGGGGACGAGCUGAAGGCUCCUAUCCGCUCCUGGCAUGACAUUGAGAAGGACAAUGCAAAGUUCAUGAAGAAGGCCACUAAGCACUACGAAGCCCUCGCCAGCCGCGCCUCCACCAGCGGCCACAUCAUCGACAUCUACGCCUGCGCCCUGGACCAGACCGGCCUGCUGGAGAUGAAGUGCUGCGCCAAUCACACCGGAGGUUACAUGGUCAUGGCGGACUCCUUCAACACCUCCCUCUUCAAGCAGACCUUCCAGAGGGUCUUCACCAAGGACGUGCAGGGGUCGUUUAAGAUGGCCUUCGCAGGCACACUUGAGAUCAAGACAUCCAGAGAAAUCAAGAUCUCGGGUGCCAUCGGCCCCUGUGUCUCGCUCAACGCUAAGGGGCCCUGUGUGUCAGAAAAUGAGAUUGGAACUGGAGGCACCUGCCAAUGGAAGAUCUGUGGAUUGGACAGUAACUCUACACUGGCUUUGUACUUCGAAGUGGUCAAUCAGCACAACGCGCCCAUCCCCCAGGGCGGCCGCGGGGCGGUCCAGUUCGUGACCCAGUACCAGCACUCCAGCGGUCAGCGGCGCAUUCGGGUCACCACCAUCGCCCGGAACUGGGCCGACGCGCAGACGCAGAUCCAGAGCAUCGCCGCCUCCUUCGACCAGGAGGCCUCGGCCAUCCUGAUGGCGCGGCUGGCGGUGUACCGGGCGGAGACGGAGGAGGGCCCGGACGUCCUGCGCUGGCUGGACCGGCAGCUCAUUCGCCUGUGCCAGAAGUUCGGAGACUACCACAAGGACGAUCCCAACUCGUUCAGAUUUUCAGAAACGUUCUCCCUUUAUCCACAGUUCAUGUUCCACCUGAGAAGGUCACCCUUCCUGCAAGUGUUCAACAACAGCCCCGACGAGAGCUCCUACUACAGGCACCAGUUCAUGAGGCAGGAUCUGACUCAGUCUCUCAUCAUGAUCCAGCCCAUCCUCUACGCCUACUCCUUCAAUGGACCUCCCGAGCCCGUUCUGUUGGACAGUAGCAGCAUCCUGCCUGACCGUAUCCUCCUAAUGGACACCUUCUUCCAGAUCCUCAUCUACCAUGGAGAGACGGUGGCGCAGUGGCGCAAGGCCGGCUACCAGGAGAUGCCGGAGUACGAGAACUUCCGCCACCUGCUGCAGGCGCCGGUGGACGAUGCCCAGGAGAUCCUGCACAGCCGUUUCCCCAUGCCCCGCUACAUCGACACUGAGCACGGGGGCAGCCAGGCACGCUUCCUGCUAUCCAAAGUCAAUCCCUCGCAGACCCACAACAACAUGUAUGCGUGGGGCCAGGAGUCGGGCGCGCCCAUCCUGACGGACGACGUGAGCCUGCAGGUGUUCAUGGAUCACCUAAAGAAGCUGGCCGUGUCCAGCGCGGCCUGAGGGCCCCGCGAAGCCCCAGCCCUCCGCCAGGAAGCGCCAAGGAAACGCCAAGCGCAGAGUUCAGAAGCUACGAGGAGACGCUCAGGCGCUCGCCAACCGAAAUGUGAAGCAAAGUGGUCCUGAAACACCUGUCUCUCUCCCUGUUUCUCUGUCUCUCUCCCUCUCUCUCUCUCAUUCUGUCUUUCUCUUUCUGUCUUGCUAUCUCUCUUUCUCUCUCCCUCCCUCCCUCCCUCUCUCUCUUUCUCUCCUCCUCCCUCUGUCUCUCCCUCCCUCUCUCUCCUCCUUUUUGUUUUUUGUUUUGACAAACCGCUUUAUUAUUUCAGGACAGCUUGAGUGCGCACAGACUGAAUGCUCGGCCUCCUGUAUAGCCAUCGAUUUCGCGUACGAUAAUGGUAAAAAACAAAACAACGGUGGGUUGGCUAGAAAUCGUCCGGAUAUGCAUCUCCCUCAAUUUAACACUACAGCAGUACAUUUGCAUAACGUAUCAGACUUCCUGUGCAAGUCAGCGGACGCUUGAGCAUAUUUAUCUAGACUGUGGAUGUUCUAUUGUAAUGCCCCUAACAGAACUGUGCCUAGGUUUCAAACGGGCAAGAUUUCAAAUACGCAGUGCAUAGGCGGAGUUUUAUGUGAAGCACAACUCAAUCUUAUCUCUAGUCAGAGUACACCGUUCAAAGAAUACUCUGAAUGCAGUUUUAAAAUUGCUUGCUCUUGCAAAAAUGCAGAAUUCAAAAUGACCCUUUGGGAAAUGAAUGGCGAAUAUUCUAUCAUUGUAAUUUAAGACUGAGAAUGUCACAGCUCACAAUUUCUAGCACCGUCUGGCUUUUUUUGUAGACUUUAUUUUUUUUGAUGUACACAGAUUCGUACCUGCUCUUUUUUUGUCUUCUGUAGGUCCAGUGUUAUCCAGUGCAAAUUUGUGAAGGUGUAAAUGCUGCCUUUCUAUGCCUGAUACUUCUGCCUUGUUUGUAGCCAUAUUGCAUCUGGAAUUUCUAAUAAAAUAAAAAAAACUUAAAAACUUCA